AUGUCUCUUUCUUUGAACGCCUCCGAGGACAAACAAGUCCAACGCGCAUGGUGGAAGGAGGCCAGCGUCUACCAGAUCUACCCUUCCUCAUUCAAAGACUCGAAUGGAGAUGGUUUUGGUGACCUGGGCGGUGUCAUUGAGAAGCUGGACUACAUCAAAACACUAGGAGUGGACAUCGUCUGGCUUUGUCCCGUUUACCAAAGCCCUCAAGUCGACAUGGGCUAUGAUAUCUCAAGCUACAAGGAGAUCGACGCAAGAUAUGGCACGAUGAACGAUGUCGACGAACUGAUUGCUGGCUUACACGCCAGAGGUCUAAAGUUCUUGAUGGACUUAGUCGUCAACCAUACUUCCGACCAGCACGAAUGGUUCCAACAAUCCCUGUCUUCCAAGGACAACACCUAUCGCGACUGGUACAUCUGGCGAGAUCCCAAAUACGACAGCCAUGGUAACCGUCAACCCCCGAACAAUUGGAGCUCAUACUUUGGCGGCAGCGCUUGGGAGUACGAUACUACUUCGAACCAAUACUAUCUACACCUCUUCGACAAGACACAGCCUGAUCUCAAUUGGGAGUGUGAAGAGAUGCGCUCCGCCGUCUACGAGACCGUCCGCUGGUGGCUCGACAAAGGCGUCGAUGGUUUCAGACUCGACGUCAUCAAUCUCAUCAGCAAAGAUCAAUCCUUCCCGGACGCAACUGUCCUCGAUGCCAAUCAGCCAUACCACCACGGCUGCGAACACUACGCCAAUGGGCCUCGCAUCCACGAAUACCUACAAGAGCUAGGGGAAAUACUAGACUCCUACAACGCCUUCUCCGUCGGCGAAAUGCCAUGGGUAAGCGACCCAGAGGAGAUCUUGAAGGUAGUCGGCUACGACAGAAAGGAAUUGAACAUGAUUUUCAACUUCGACAUUGUAGACAUGGAUCACGGCCCUGCUGGAAAGUUCUCCCCCAAAGAUUGGCAAAUGUCCGAUCUCAAAAGCAUUGUUUCCAAAUGGCAAACCUUUAUGUAUGGGAAUGGCGGUUGGAAUGCGCUUUAUCUGGAAAACCACGAUCAACCCAGAACAGUAUCUCGCUGGGCAUCUGACAGCGCCGAGCACCGAACACUGGCAGCAAAGAUGUUCGCCACAUUCCUAGGACUGCAAAGUGGUACUGUGUUCCUGUAUCAAGGGCAAGAGCUAGGCAUGUCCAAUAUCCCCGAACAUUGGGAGAUGACCGAGUUCAGAGAUCUGGAAACGCUGAACCAUUGGGACGAACUUUGCGAGAUUCGACCAGAUGACAAGGAGCUACAAGUCAUCACCAAACAGCAAUAUCAUAUCAAAUCCCGCGAUAAUGCACGCACACCUAUGCAAUGGACUUCCGACAAACAUGCAGGUUUCAGCACAGGCGAUCCUUGGUUCCGCGUAAACGACACGUAUGACAUCUGUAAUGCAGCCUCUCAAGUCGGUGUCCCGGGCAGUCCUUUCGAGUACUGGAGAGCUAUACUCGCCCUUCGCAAGCAAAUGUUGGAUAUCUUCGUCUAUGGCGAUUUCAACAUCAUAGACGCCGAGCACGAGGAUAUCUUUGCUUACACAAGAACAUUCAAGGGGCAUACUGUACUCGUGGCGUGCAACUUCCGACAACAUGAUGUGGAUUGGAAGCUACCGACAGAGUUGAAGCUGGACGAACUCCUGAUCUCCAACUACAAAGGUGCGGAAAUGAAUGAAGGAAUUGUCAGGAUGAGAGCUUUCGAGGCCUUUGCGUAUAUUCAGAAGGAACACGCUUCUUUGUCUCGUCUCUAG